AUGGGGAGUGGCCAUUUCGCAGAGGAAGGGUUUAAGAAAGCGGCUUUUUUCCAUACCUUAGAGUACCUUGGUGGAUAUAAACAUCCAAUCACACCCGCUCUAGACUCUCUUCAAACUUCCGUUACUCGGCCUGAAUGUUAUAACCUCAACGUUGGCUCUAGCCAGAGGUGGGGAACUUACUUUUUCUAUGGAGGACCAGGACGUAACCCUCGAUGCCCAUGA